AUGAGCGGCAUCUCCCUCCCCAAGGCGUACUUCAUCGCCAUGUUCUGCGAAGCCAUUCUACACGGGGCGUACACGGUGCUCACCGGCGGGGCGCUAUACCUCUUGCUCAACAAACGACGGCCCCAGAGGAUGGCGCGAACCAAUAUCAUCAUGAUAGUCCUCACCGUGCUCAUGUACUGCAUGUCGACGGUGCACAUCGCCCUAGCCCUGCGAGUGAACCUCAUUGCGUUCUUCGAGCAGCACGCGAUUGAAGGCGGCACAACCAUUCUCGACGACCAAGGGAGCCCACUGGUGUGGGUCCAGAUCGGCCUGGAGUUACUUAACUGUUUGCUCGGAGACUCGAUUGUAUGUUGGAGGACGUGGGUGUUGUAUAGCAGGAAUUGGAAGAUUCUUAUUUUCCCAGCGACUUGCAUCGUCGGUGGUCUUGUAUCUGGUAUUGGGAUGACGAUCGCACUCGCGCGGUCCCCACCCGGCGGACAGCUCUUCUCAGGGAGCAUCACUUUGUGGUUCGCGUUCUUCGGCGUGCUCACGUGCAUCGCGAACCUGUACUCGGUCGCGAUGAUAGCCUGGAAAGCAUGGACCAAUGCGCGCACCAUGAGAGCGAUGAAAGUCAUAAUCUCCGGUGGAACAUACGUCAGCGCGGUCCUGCUCAUCGUCGAGUCUGGUGCAAUUUACUGUGUCGCCCUUAUAAUCACCGUCGCCCUGUUUUUGGUCGACAACAACGGAGUCUACAUUAUCGCAGACAUGCUGAACCAUUUGACGGGCAUAUACCCAACGAUCAUUAUCGUCCUCAUCUGCCUGCAGAUCACGCUUCACGACGAUAUGUCGCGCGUGCAGACGCUGUCCUCGGGACGAGGCACAUCCGGGGUGCCGAGCACGGUGCGCACCGGGGGCUCGAACACGGUGCUCACUUGGCGCCCCACGAAACGGAAUAUGGGCACGGAGUCGUUCGCGACGAACCAGACGAGCAGCGCGUACAAGAUGCAGCCGAUCCAGAUCGCGACGACGACGGAGCACGAGACGUGGCAUGACGGCGCGUACGAGCCGCGUGGGUACGAGGAGCAUGUUUUGGAUAAGGAGCGGGGGCUGCCGUUUGACGACAACGUUGUGUAA